GAGGAAGGAGAAUCUAGCCACUCGCGCGCUCCCGAGCACACGGGACACCGAGCCAUGAGCGCGCUCUCGCUAUCGCAAAGCGCACGCCGAUUGGCUCGAAUGGUGGCAAAGGGCGUGGCGCCUCGGGGAAGACACUAUCGGUUUGCUGAGAGAUGGUCCUAGUACGGUGUACUCAGAGCGAGAGAAGGGGAAACUACGAUUCCCAGCAUGCAUUGCAUCCACCCCGCCGCCGGGCCCUUUAAAAAUUGCAUCACCACAGCUCAGAUGCCUGUACUGCUGUGAACUGGAAGAGCAUUAGGUAUGGAGAACCUGAUGGCUGGCUCAUCCCUACCCCCACUGUUUGCAGAUGAUGAUGGCUCAAAGGAGAGCAGUGAUAUGCCCACAACUGGGUUAGCCCACUCUGAGGGGUCAUACGGUGGAGGAGCUUCGCAGUCUGUGAACAACCCAGACUUUGUGGAGGACUUGUCACAAGUUCAGUUGCUGCAAAAUGAGUCUUCUAAUACAGCUGAAAGCAGCGAGCAGAGACUUGAAGAAGAGCAGAGAACUAAACGAGGAGGCUGGUCCAAAGGGAGAAAGAGGAAGAAACCCCUUAGGGACAGCAAUGCCCCGAAAUCCCCCCUCACAGGGUAUGUGCGAUUCAUGAAUGAGCGUAGGGAACAGCUUCGAGCGAAGAUGCCUGAAGUCCCUUUCCCAGAGAUCACCAGGAUGCUGGGCAAUGAGUGGAGUAAGCUGCCUCCUGAGGAGAAACGGCGCUACCUUGAUGAAGCAGACAGAGAUAAGGAACGGUACAUGCGGGAACUGGAGCAGUACCAGAAGACAGAGGCCUACAAAGUCUUUAGCAGGAAAGCACAGGACAGGCAGAAAGGCAAAUCACAUCGGCAAGAUGGAACGCGACAGACUGCCCAUGACCAUGAGAAAGAAGCAGACACGAAGCAGAGGUCUGUUUUUGAUAUCCCAAUCUUCACAGAAGAGUUCCUGAAUCACAGCAAAGCACGGGAAGCAGAGCUGCGCCAGCUGCGUAAAUCCAACAUGGAGUUUGAGGAGAGGAAUGCUGCCCUGCAGAAGCACGUGGAGAGUAUGCGCACUGCUGUGGAGAAGUUGGAGGUGGAUGUGAUCCAGGAGCGCAGCCGGAACACAGUGCUGCAGCAGCAUCUGGAGACCUUACGGCAAGCACUCACCAGCAGCUUUGCCGGAGUCCCACUACCAGGCAGUGGGGAGACCCCCACAAUGGACACCAUUGACUCGUACAUGAACAGACUGCACAGUAUUAUUCUGGCUAACCCACAGGAGAAUGAGAAUCUCAUAGCCACAGUCCGAGAGGUUGUAAACCGGCUUGAUCGCUAGUGACUUGGGUCUCCUGGCCUAGGGGUGUCUUACAAAAGUGAUUCAGCCAGUGAGGAAUGAAAAGCCAUGGUGGAAACAGACUGGAGGUGGGAGGCAGGACUUCAGGAUCUGUCCUGGUCCCUGCCUAAGCAGCUUGCCUAUGGGGCAAACUGUUUAAUGAAUUAAAAGCUCCUAUGAAGCCACAGGCACCAGCCACUGAACAUUUGAACUGUCCUCCAUGUAAAGCUUUCAGAGCAUGUGACUACUGUACAAUCAUCAGUUUUCCAUCAUUUCAGCUGCGUGGGGAGAUACCCACACACUCUGUGGACUGGACAUCAAUGGAGGUGAAUCUGCUUCCAGUCUGUGUAGUGGAGGCAGCCUUCGUGUUGUGGUAAUAGAGCUUUGAAAUGUUAUGUUGCUUUGUAUCUCUUCAUCCUUUCUGUGGGGUUUCCUUCUCCCUUUCCAGUUCUCCUUUUGUCCUUUUCUUGUUAGUUGAUGUUUGCUGCAAUGUAUAGCAACACCUGUAUUCUUUGCUAUGAUAGACACAGCCUUCUUUACUACCCCGCCUGUGGUGUCUUCAGUGCAAGCUUCUCUUUUUUGUGCUAGGUUGCAUCUCAUACAACGAGGUUCCUUCCUGCUGGUAUUGGCUGUGGCUGGCGCUUCAUGACUGAGUGGCGCCGAAGGAAGGGCUCUCUCUUUUCCCCCUCCCAGCUACUCUUUCCAAGCAUCUCUGCUGCACAUAUACAGAGUCCUGCUUCUCAGCAAGAUUCCGCUGUUCCUACUCUAUUGAAAAUGUCUGGUGCAGCAUUUUACUGCUGAAAAGGUCAGCGGUAAUCAAGAGAGAAAGUGAAAGGCUGGCUUCUCUCAGCCAGCA